AUGACGCACGCCGGCACCGGCGGCGGGGCGCGGGCGAUUGGACCCGGGCGCCGGCCAGCAGCAGCGUUGGGCGCGGGCGGGCGUGCCGUUGCGAGCAGGGGAGGAGGCGCGCGCGGGCGCGCGGCAGGGAGGCAGGCGGAGCGCGCGGCAGGGGCGAGCAAGGCGCGGGACGCGCGCGUGCGGUGCGAGUGCGGCCCAGAGCGCGGGCAGUGCGCGACUGCGGGGUGGAGGCGGCGGCCUCGGAGCGGCAGCAGGCGCAGAGGAGGCGAGGACACGCGCGGGCGGCUGCGGAUGCGCGCGGGGGCCGGCGAUGGGCAGCGAGAGCGGAUGAGCGCGGGGGAGACGCAGGUCGCGGCCACGGCGGCGCGGUGCGCGGGUGCGGGACGGCGUGGUUGGCUCGUGAGCGGCAAGGCGACGGGCGAGCCGGCGCGGUGGUGCGGUCCGGGACGGAGGGGAAGCAGAGAAGGGUUGGUCGGGGCCCCACCGGGGCCCUGGAGUUGUGCUAAAGCCGGCUCGGGAAGGCGCCGGGGCUGCGGGGCGAAGGCGACUUCAGUGGCGACGGGGCGGCGCGGUGUCCUCGGGGGUGCGGCGUCCUGCGAAGCCAGGGCGGCGACGAUGCUUCAGGGGGGGUCGUCGGUGGAGGGGUCGACGACGAGGGCGGCGAGGUGA